UGUGUACAGCGCAAAAACCGUUUAAAAGUCAAAUUUCGGAUAAGAAGAAGCACAUAAUUCAUACGAAAUACAUCGCGAGUGAUUCCGAUAGUUGCACAUGUAAACUAGUUCUUCAGUUGAUUUAAGAAUAUUUGUUUUCUCCAAAGCUUACACAUAUUACACGUUUUGUUAGAAAAAGUAAAAAAUCGUUAUGGAGAAUUUAGAGGACACUUCCACUGGUGGACGUGUGACAAGAUCUUUAAGAAAGCGUUUAACAUCUGUGGACAGCGAUGCAAGUAGUAGGCCGUCUACACCACAACUAACUAAGCUUACUUCCAUACCGGAGACAAGUUCUCCUUCUCGUACUUUACGUGGACGACGCAACUCCACCACUUUAACUGCUACGCCCUCAAAAACGCCAGCAAAGUCUAAAACUUCGACAAUCAAUGAGUCGAAUGAAGCUGAGUAUGUUCCGGCUAAACGAACUACGCGCAAAAGCAGCGUUUCUGCAGCAGAUUUACAUACGCCAACCUUGGAUAAACUUCAACUAAAAGAGAAUGAAACAAAUGAAAUAAAUACCAGAGGAACGCCUGCAAGACGUACAAGACGAUUGACAUCACAAACAGAAGUAGAGAAAACCCCACGCUCAACAGCUGCAAGGAAAAAGCCAGGACCGAAAUCACGACGCUCCAAGCAAGAUAGUGAAAGUGAUUCUGAUAUUGAAGUGAUUAAUCUGGAAGAUGAACCAACUGAUAGCAAGGAAAAAGUUAAUAGUACCACUCCAAUAGUAAAGGAUCAAUCAAUGAAAACUCCAGUAAGAACGUCACCAAGAUUAAAGGCAAAGAGUAUUUCUCCAAAAGAAAACACAGAUAUUGAAACAAUUGAUUUAUCAGAAGACAUAAAGACCUCUCAUGAUACUGAGGAGUGUGAUAGCAAUUCAACUGUUUCCAACCAAAAAGAAACGAAUGAGAGUUUGGAAAACCCAGACACAAAAAUGGAAUCAUUUGGUACAAAUGAAGAGAAAGAAGUAGAGCUGGAAAAUUUGGAGUCAUCCUUAACUGAAGAUGCACCUGUAAAAGAAACUGUCCCUAAAAAUUUGUCUAAUAAAUCCGAUAGCUUUGAUCAUAAUGACGCAAAAGUUGAAGACACUGCCAAAAUUCCUCCAGAAACUUUAUCUUCGCUAAAUUCAUCGGAAGCCUUCGUUGAAAGUGUUCAUAACGACGUAAAAGUUAAUACCACUGCCACAAGUCCUCACACGUCUUUAUCACCUUUAAAUUCUUCAAAGGCCGUUGUAGAAAGUGUUGUUAUGUUGCAGAAGCUUUCGCCCAAAGUAAUUGACAAAAUUUGUAAUAAAACGUCUGCCGUUAGUUCACCGCCAAAUUCGAAAUCUGUAACAUUUACCGAUAUAGAAGUUGACGAUGAGGUGAAGAGUUCUUACCCUAAAACUCCAGCUUCGAUUAAACGUAAAAGCUAUAUAGACAUGGAUUCCACAAACGACUCAAAAGAUCAGUCUUUCCAAAGUGAUAAAGAGUCUAAUGGUAGUUAUAAAGAUGCAAGCGCAAAAAUGGAAACAUCAAAAGAUCAAAGCGCAAAUGACUCAAAAGAGUCCGUUGAGUUUCAUGAUGCCGCAAAUGACGUUGAAGAAAUAAAUAAUAGUAAAGAGGAAAACGAAAUAGUAAGGGAGUGUACCCCUCAAAAAAGGAAGCUUUCUACAAAACUACAAAGUUCUACUCCAAUGUUAGAUUCGGUAUCAAAUUCAAAAACUGAUACUGAAAAUUUAGUAACCAAUUCACCAAUAAUAACAAAUACUUUAGAAGAAAUGGACACCAAUGCAGAUAAGGCUUCACCUGUAAAACAAGAUGAAACCAUUACAUCACAACAUGACCAGAAAGAUUUAACAACGAACGAUAAAAAUGUGUCGUUAACGGUGGCAUCCACAAACUUGAGUAAUGGCAGUGAAAAAAAAGACGAUUUGUUUUCAAAAUCAUGGACACAUAAUGUAAGUGGUUGCGCAACAUCGGAUGGAAAAAUUGACACCCUUGUUGUAACUGCGAAUGAUAAAGAUUCAAUGCCUCAACCAUUAAAAGUUGAAGAUGAGUCAAACACAUCACCAAAUGUUGAUACUAGAAAGGAAUUACCCAAAGAAAAUGAUGAACCAAAAGAGGAGGAGGAGGAAGAGGAAGAAGAUGCAGAAAGUUUCCAAAAAUUGGAAUUUGUUGAUGAUGAGGCAAUGGAGGUGGACGACAAUUACCAAAGUGGAGAUUCAAUGGAUGAAGAAGAAAGAAAAGAAAUGCUGGAAAACGAGAUUGUAGAUGAAGGCGAGUCGAUUGGCAGUGAAGACACCGAAGAAAGUAAUGAGGAAGAUGAUGAAGAUAAUGCUUCAUUUAUAACAUCUGAUUCAGAAGAAUCCCUACUUGAAUAUUCAGAUAUUGAUGAGGGUGAUGAUGAGCAUUUAGAAGAUAAUGCCAAAAACUCUAAUAAAAAGAAAUCAUGUAAUCGUAUUUUGAUAACCAGUGAGAGCGAAGAUGAUGGCAAUCCAAACAUUUCAAGGACUAAUUCUGAGAAGACCAAGAAAAUUAAUAGAUCAAACCAAAGAAAUCGUAUUUUAUCCUCCAGUGAAAGUGAAACCGAGCAAACGGAAACGGAACAGAUAAAUGGCAAACAAGUGAAAAUACAAACGGAACAGAUGAAUGGCAAACCUGAAAGUUCCGACAAUUCAGAAAAGCCACUAACUUUCGAAGUUAGCAGAAUGAUUGAUGAUACAACGGAUGAUGAUGGUGAUGCUAAGGAUGCUUCUAAACCGCAACAUGCAAUGGAAGCAACCGUUAAUACUGAAUCAAAAUGUUCUAACGACCAAGAAUCGAAACCCCAAAGAGAAGAAAAUACUCAGGAAAAUGAUAAAAGCGAUGGUAUUGUUAAUGAUUCCAGUAAUAAGAAAAAUAGCCAAGUUGAACAGGAAACGAGGAGUGGAACUAAACUAAACACUAGUCUAAAAUGGAAUCCCAACAGCGAAACCGCAAAUGAUAAUGGUAUUUCCGAAACCGUUGAGAGUACCAUGUCCUCGCCAACCCAAGAGAUGACGACAAAUGGUCAAAAAGGACGACGUAGUAAAAGUUUGUCAAAAUCGAUAUGUGAAAAAAUGUCAGAUGACAACAAUGAUUAUGAAGAGACCCACAAAGAAUCAACUGAAUGUGACAAAGAGGAUAAUAAUAAAUCCAUGGAACGCUCGAUUCGAAAAUCUAUCAGUUCCGGUCAUAAAUCUAAUAAAACAACCGAAACAAUAGAAGAUGUUGACAUAAUUAGCACCGAGACUAAAAAUGUUUCAAGUAACGAUUCUGAUUCAAGUGAGAACACAAAUGCGCGAUUGAUAGUAGAUGAAGGCAGCAAAUCAAAUGAUCUCGAUGAUCUGCAAUCGCAAAAUGAAUCAAACAACGACGAGGAUAUUGAUGAUGAAGAUAUUGAAAUACCCGAGACGCAAGAGGUUGGUCAGGCUUUAGAAGAGGAAUCUACAGAUGAAUCGCUCGCUGAAGAAACUGUUGAAGAACUUACCAUUGGAAAAUCUGGACCAAAGUUGAAAAAUUCAGGCCUAAGCUUAUCUUUUUGCCAAGCAAAACAAAAGCGUAUAACGGUCAAAGAUCGCAUACGCCAUAGCUCCUUCUCAAUUGGUGUUUGUGUUACAAAAACGGAAGAUAUUAAUCAAAUGGAGGCAUCCGAUUCUUCCGAGGCAGAGGAAAAAGAAAAGAGUCUUAAUAGUGAUGGUAGUGGCCAAAGUCGUAUUGAUAAACAAGAUGAGGAGGAACUCGAAAAGUUGGCACAUUCAAUUUCACCACAAUUUCCCACUCAGCACGGAAAACGAAAAUCAAUGUCGGCUUUUGCACAAGAUAAUCAAGAGUAUCAAGAGUUCAAAAAGAAAUCGAAACGUAACAGUUUACAAUCAAUAUCGAAUGAAGAUUUUAAUCCAUCUAAAUCAUUACUUGAAAAUAUCGAAGAGCAGAAGCGUGAAUUAGAGAACCGAAAAUUCGCCAAGAAAUCACGCUUAUCUAAAUCUUUUUGCGAUCCUAUUCAGGACGAAAUGGAGACGCUGGCUGACAGUGGCGUUUCAGACGAUGCGAGUAAUAAGAGCGAAAAAUGCAACCGGAAAAGUUUGCAAAGUUCUGAGCUGGGAACACACUCAACUAAAUCAAAAUCACGCUUAUCUAAAUCUUUUUGUGAUCAUAUUCAGGAUGAAAUGGAGACGCUGGCUGACAGUGGCGAUUCAGAUGUUGCAAAUAAUACACAUAGUGAGAAAAGCAAUCGUAAAAGUUUACACAAUACAUCAAAAUCGCGAUUAUCUAAAUCUUUUUGCGGACCAAUUCAAGAGCAGGCUAAAUCUAUAGCAGAUAGCAGUUAUUCAGAAGAUUCUGCUGAUGAACUGACAAAUAAGGAGGGAAUUAAUGGGUCUACACCACGAGAAGUUCCAAUAACCAAGAAUAAAAAGAAAGAUUUUGGACGUGUUUUGGAUCGAUGUGAUGAAAUAUUAGAUGCCGCUAAUCGUGCUAAGUUGGAAAGUAAACAAAACUAUAAGAAGAGUCGACUAAUUAUUCCAAAAUCUAAAAAAGAGUCAAAACAUUCAUUGCGCUCGGAUGAAGAAUCAGCAAACGAUGCACCCGUGCUUAAAAAAGAUAUGAAGCCGUCCAAAGAAAAAACAGCAUUGGCAUGGGAACAAGCUGUCAAGGCUUCCGCAAAAAUUUUAUUAAAAGAAGCCAGCAAGGCUAAGAAGGAAAAACCGUCAUUACCGAUAAAUCAAGAGAAGUAUGACGAUAAACGUCUUCCAAUGAAAUUAUUGGAAUCGAUUUCGGAUUCGCAGUCUCACACUGAAACGAAAAAAAGUAAGAGAGAACGUGCACGUGAACCUCUUGUUCAACGCUUAAAUUGUAUAACAGGUGAAAUCGUAGAGGAAGUGCUUAGUCCUCCGAAAAAGAAGAGGGCCAUACUAAACAGAAUUGAACUACCUACAGGCACAGUAUUGGAAGAACCGGUCACACCGAAGAAAAAAAUAAAUAACAGCGGUUUCCGCGAAAGCCCCAUUACUCCGCGCACACUUGGUUUUAAAGUGCGUCAUAUCCUAACUGCUGGUCAGGACAAAGUACCGCAAUUGCCAACCUCUCACAGUAUCGGACGUAAACGGAAACAAAAAAUUGUUGAUCCCAAACUCGUAUUGCCUAAACCACAGUGGUCGCAGUCAGGUGUAUUUUUGGAAGAAGUUUUGCCCACCCCCAAAAUACAGGGUAUGGAUACUAUGCUAACCUGUGGACCAGGUGUCAAUGCAUCAACUUUAAAUGCCCUAAAUUUUAAAACUUCAACCCUGUUUCGAAAUAAUGUACCAAGAGAGGCCUCACAUGAACUGCUUAAGCGUAAAGAACGUCAGUAUGUUCGUAGUCGUUUUUAAUUUGAAAGCGAUAUUCAAAAAUUCAUAUUUUUUCAUUGGUUUCUUGUUGAAUUCAUAUAUUAUUCAUAAUUAUUAAUAUUGUCUUAUGUCUCUUUUGCAAUAAAUAUUGCUUCAUAUUAUUAACAAAAAGUGUUUUUUGUGGUUUUUCACCAUUUGUAGGUUUGAAAUCCCCAGGUUCGAAUACG